AUGUGCAGAUCAAAACACGGAAGUUGUGGACUCUGGAAGAUGUGAAUUUCGGCCUAAACUUUUGUCAAGACCAUGGUAGAUAAACAAGGCAGGCUAAGUCUAGCUUACCAAAAUCUCUCUGAGAUUCCUGCAAACGUGCAAAAGCACCAUGCAUCACAAAUAUAUCAACUAGACCUAAGCCACAACAAGUUCUCAGAUUUGCGUUCACUUGAAGAUUUCACAAACCUCCACACACUGAUCUUGGAUAACAAUGAAUUAACAUCACAUGUUUCAUUUCCACACUUACCGAGCAUUAGCACACUGUGGCUAAAUCGCAAUAAGAUUUCAAAUCUUAGCGUAAUUGUUGAGAAGCUCCGCACACGCUUUCCAAAGCUUAAGUAUCUCAGCCUGAUGAAUAACCCAGGAGCACCAAGCUUUUUCAAUGGGGGAACCUACCAACAAUACAUGGAUUACAGGCAUUAUGUCAUUAGUCAGUUACCAAGCCUGGAGACACUUGAUGACCAGUUCAUUAACAUGGAGGAACGACUUGAGGCUGUUAGAAUUUAUAAGCAGAUGGUUUCAAAGAAAAAGACAAUAAAAACAGCGAAAAAGAAGCGUCGAAAGAAAUCAUCACCAACAGGUGAUGAGGAACCAGAGGUGCUUCAAGUUGGGGACACUGUUGACAUCGAGUGAAAAACAAAACAAGUCUUUAUCAUAAAAAUACCAUACAUGUUUAUUGCAUAUUUUCUGAAUCCACAUGUCAGAGAAUGUGGAAUAGGAUGCUUUGGAACUCCCUUACCUCUUGAGGAAUUGGGGUCUGUAUUAAAACCGAUGACAACUGGAUGAUUUAAUAAUCAAUUGUCAGCAGCCAGAUGUACAGUAUAUUAGAAUAUCUUAAAAAUAAUCUGAAUAUAUAAAUAAAUAUAUAUAUAUAUUAUAUAUUUAUUUCACUUUAUUAAAAAAAAAAAAAUCAAAUUCAAAUUCCUCAUUUGUAACGGAUCAUGGCCAGUGGCCAAAUUGCAAGUUACAAUUACAAGAGGGUGGCAAUAAAAUAUAUAAAAAAGUUACAUUAAAAUGGAAAAUAAUUAUUAAUAUUAUGAAAAUUGACAUUAACAAUGAAAUUUAAUGAUAUAUGUAUAAAUUAAAUAGAUAAUACAGUGAUCAAAUAGAAAG